CCGUAACAAAAGGAGCUAUUAAUUAAUUAUUAAUUAGCUCCGUCCAUUGGGGAUGUUGCUAAUGAAACGCCCCAAACAAAACGCUUCCAUGGUAACGAAUAACAGAGCAUUGAAACUCAACAGCUGAGUUGUCUCAAGAAAAUACUCGACCUGUUUAAAGUAUUACAGCCAUGGCUUUACCAUUUCUACCCGGGAAUUCUCCCAAUAAACAACUAGGGAAGGAGAGAUUCCACAAAUCCCAACAUUUUGACUAUUCCAAUGGAGUCCCUAUGCUGGUGGGAUCUGAGAAGCCAGGCAUUGGGGGAGAGCUGUUAGUUGGUCAGAAGAUUAAACCAAAGUUUUCUGUCUACCCCAAAGGACAGGGCAGUGAUUUACCGUCAUGGGUAGCCUUUGACAAACAGGCUCUGUGUUUUGAAGCCUACUGUCAGGAAGCUGUGCCUGAGGCACGAGAUGAGACAUACAGAAUCAGGAAGUGUAAGAUCUACUUCUACCUGGAAGAUGAUACCAUACAGGUGGUGGAGCCAGAGUACAAGAACAGUGGCAUUCCUCAAGGAACACUUAUUCAUCGCCAGCGUAUCCCACUGCCUCCCCCAGAUGAUGACCAGUUCUACAACAUUUACCAUUUCAACGUCAACCAACAGAUGGUGCUGUACUCACGCACUUUCACUGUGACCAACUGUGACUCUUUUACAAAGAACUUUCUCACAAAACUUGGGGUGCGCCUAAACGACUGCGCCACUGUACCUGAUGACCCCUACAGCAACUUUCGGGAACAGAUUGAGAAAAGUAUGAAGCCACACAGGCCGUACGAGAGGUGUGACACACUGAAGCAGUUCCUGGACCAUGACCGCAAAGUCCUGCGCUUCUACUGCUUCUGGGACGACACAGAGAGUGUGUUCGGUGACCCGCGGGAGCUCAUACUGCACUACUUCCUGGCUGAUGACACAAUAGAGAUCCGAGAAAUUAUCGCCCCAAACUCUGGGAGAGAUAGCAUGCCUAAAUUCCUACGCCGCAGCAAACUACCUAAGCGUGCUCCAACCCAAAUAAAGCAGCCUGGAGAGAUCACGGCCCGCACAGUGCUCAACGUGUUUGCUUCCACGAAACAGGAAAAACGCUUCAUAUUGGACAACCUCAAAACAGGAGCUGUCCAUGAGGAGUUUUAUAAGGACUGUGAUCUGACUGUAGGUGCAGAGGUGAACGUGUGGGGCAGGAGAGUGGUGAUCGUCGACUGCGAUGACUUUACCAAAGACUACUACCGCUCCAAAUACGGCAUAGAGGACUUCACCCCAGUGCAGUACAAAGCUCCCCCAGCCCCCAAGCCCCCGAGGCCUGUGCCCCCCUACAACGGCUUUGGCUCAGAGGAGGACUCGCUGAGUUCCUGCCAGGGCCUGCUGCCCAAACCCCCACAGAAGGAUUUCCACAAAUUUAUGCAGAAAGACAGGUGUGGCCUAGAGAGUAAUGUGCUGAAUUUCCGUGCUAAGUUGGUGACCACCGAUCCAGUUGACAAAGAGAGGGUGUUCAUUAUCUCCUUCCACCUCUGCGAUGACUCCAUUAGUGUGUUUGAACAUCCACAGAGGAACUCAGGUGUGCUUGGCGGUAAGUUUCUGGAGCGUGGUCGUGUAAAAAAGCCAGGCCAGGAGCUGUUUAAGAGCGAGUUGUCUGAGUACUUUACAGCACAGGAUCUGUUUGUCGGAGCUACCCUCUGCCUCAACAACAAGAACUUCCAACUUCUGGAUGCUGAUGAAUACACCCUCAACUAUAUGGAGCAACAUGCUGUGGAGUUCCCCAAAGCCAACGUGGGAAACAUCCUCAGUAAACUGCGUUCCAUCCCGGAGGAGAAACAGAGUGAGAUCAGGAAGUUUCUGAGUCUCAGUGACCCCAACAACACUGGCUUCAUCCCUUAUGAGUCACUGAGGGGCCUGAUGAUGGGCCUGGACUGCGGUCUCUGCGAGCAUGAGGUGCUGGUGCUGGGCCGAUGUUUCUCAGAGCGCGAGCAGCCUGAGGUGGACGUGGGUUUGAUGCUGGCUGUGGCCCAGGACUUCCUCAAGAAGAAGCACUUUGAAGAACUCCCUGACAUGGCCAGAGCCUUCACACACCACGACCGACACAAAACCGGCCGUCUUUCUACCAAAGAGACAAGGACCAUCUGUAAGGCCUUCCGGCUUCCCCUGCCUGAGAACCUGCUGGGAGGUCUGCUCUGCAAGUUUACAGAUGGGGACGAGAUUGACUACCAUGGCUUCCUGGCUGGCAUUAACUGGAUGGAACACCCUGCUCCACCAGUAAUGCCCGACGACAUUUUAAAAUUUUAUGGGAAUGCGAGGUUUGACGGCGGUGGUGCUACAAUGAAAAACGUCAACUACUCUUCCCUUCUGGGGGAUGUGUUCAGCUUUCCCUCCGACAACGGUGACCCAACAACCACCACCUCAACAUAGGCACAAAGGGAGAGGUGGAACAAAGUUGCCUCACGAACACACGUACACAUUUAGUCCUCGCUAAUUAAUUAAAGAACAUGGUACAUCAACUA